GAUAGAGCGUCUUGCCUCAAGGAGUGACAGUGACUGUUGUUGCACCGACUUCAUUACUACUUCGAUCUCCCGAAAAUCUCACCCAAAGCAUCCAGCUCUUGAGCUCGGACUAAUUUAAUUUGGUUCAUUCACUCAUAUACCUGUUCAAUGGAGAUUGCAUUUCGUUACGGGGAGAAACCCAUUGAAUUUCAGCUCGAGCCAGAUGGCGAAUACUAUUACUUAGCUUCCGAGGUUGGUCGGUACUUACGUUUGUUCCGCAAAGAACUGUUCAAGAAGUACCCCAAUUUGUGGCGUCGGCUUGUCACUCCCGAAGAAAAAGAGAAACUCAUUCAAAUGGGAUUGGCAUCUCAUGUGACGGCAAUGAACGCGAUGUUGUUGCGCACUUUUGAGGUCAACGACAUACUUUGCGGACACGAUGAUCGAUCAAUGGACUCGAUGACCCAUCUGGAAAGUUCUGCUCGAGACAGCCAAUCAAGCAGCAGCACAAGCGUUUUCGGAACCAGUAGUGUGGGCACGACUGCGUCUGGUGCAGCUGGAUCAAAACCUCCUGGUGUUGGUGUUGGUACGGGGACACCCAGCCGGACGGGUUCGGUCAGUGCUGGUAUAAAUGGGGCACCCAAUGCAGGUUUCCCUGUAACUGGAUCUAGUGCCACAGACUUUCUUUCGGGCACCCCAAAAUCGAAGCGCGAGAAUUCCGGACGAUGGGUUGGUUUGGGAUCGGCUCCGAACACCUCGUUUCAUCUCGAUUCCGUCCCUUGUCCAACACCCAUAAGCCGCUUACGCACCGCUCGACAGACGAGCAAGGCCGCUACGUUUCCAUUUUGUUUGGAUGACUCCGACCCACUCGCUUUUCACGACAAUGCUCGUCAAGCAGAAUGCCUGGUCCCAAUUCGUCUGGAUAUCGAAUGUGAUGGAGUCAAGUUGAGGGACUGCUUCACAUGGAACCGCAACGAACAGCUCAUCACUCCGGAACAAUUUGCCGAAGUGCUGUGUGACGAUUUGGACAUCAAUCCAAUCACCUUUGUUCCUGCGAUUGUCAGUGCAAUAAAACAACAGGUGGACGCCCAUCCGGUGGAAGACUUGCUGGUCGGACAGACCGAUACUCGAGUAAUCAUUCGAUUGAACAUUCACGUUGGGAACAUUUCCCUUGUGGACCAGUUCGAGUGGGAUAUGUCAGAGCGCGAAAAUUCCCCAGAGCAGUUUGCCAGUCGUUUAUGUGCAGAACUGGGCCUUGGUGGCGAGUUCGUCACUGCCGUGGCCUACAGUAUACGUGGACAGCUGGCUUGGCAUCAGCGAAUCUAUGCAUUCAGCGAAUCGCCUCUACCGACCGUAGAUGUUGCUUUCCGCAAUUCCAACGAGGCUGAUCAAUGGAGUCCGGUAGUUGAAGUAUUAACGGAUGCAGAAAUGGAAAAGAAAAUCCGCGACCAAGACAGGAAUACGAGGCGAAUGCGUCGUCUGGCCAACACUCAACCUGCUUGGUAGCUCCGCUCACGCAUGCAACUUUCUGCCAUAUUACUACCAUACUGUUACCUUGUCGUAUUUGUACAUAUAUAUCUGUUUUAACGCAUCGUCAUCUUCCUUCCAAUAUUACAA